GCCCCCCUGGCUGCGGGCGAGGAGCUCUCGGGGGUGUUCCAGAAGUUGAAAAAGGCCGAGUGUCACUUCAUCAACGGCACCGAGCAGGUGAGGUUCAUGGAGAGAUUCAUCUACAACCGGCAGCAGUACGUCCACUUUGACAGCGAUGUGGGGGUCUAUGUGGGGGACACCCCGUAUGGGGAGAUCCAAGCCAGGUACUGGAACAGCCAACAGGACUUGCUGGAGUACAGACGGGCUGCAGUGGACUGGUUGUGCCGGAAAAUCUACGAGGUGUCCACCCUGUUCACUGUGAACCGUAGAGUGCCCCCCAGCGUGUCCAUCUCGCUGGUGCCGUCGAGCUCCCAGCCCGGCCCCAGCCCCUGCUCUGCUCCGUGA